GUGGAAGUCUCCACGCAGCUAGGUGUCCCGCUGACCAGCAUUGCCAGUAUAGCUUUUGGGUGCUGCAAUCCAGGGGAGGGGCGGCUGAGUGCGACAGAGCACUCCGUCACCCUCUUCUUGGACGAAGGCUACGGCCCGUCCAUAGUGCUCGAGUUCCGCGACCUGGAGGAACGCGAUACCUUUGCCAUCUGUUUGUCCAUGUUCGUGGACGGCAGAAAGGUGGAAGUGGAUUGUCGAGAGAAGCGCUCCCUUUAG